AUGGUGUUUUCACUGUCUACCGUGACUGUACUGGUCCCAAUCGUCUCACUGUUGGGACUGUUCUAUUCUGCGAGUGUGGACGAGAGUUUUCCGCAGGGGUGUACCAGCACAAGCAGUGUGUGCUUCUACAGUCUGCUAUUACCUGUCACCAUCCCAGUCUACGUGUUCUUCCACUUGUGGAAGUGGAUGGGAAUUAAAUUAUUCAGACACAAUUAGCGCUGUUAAGAAUGAAAAGCUAAAAGUUGUAUGGUGCGGAUGGCAAAUAAAGACAGUCGUUUAUGACAA